CACACACACACACACACACGCCACACACACACACACACACACACACACACACACUUGCACAGAGUCAGUAACCAACCCUCAUUCAACUCCCUCUCAGCCACGGGUCAGCAGCUCAGACAGGCACCUUGUUCCUAUUCAGCUGGAAAGGGUAGAGCAUCACAAGGUGCACACAGACACACACACACACACACACACACAUACACACACACAAACACACAUAUAUCCAUACACGCACAGACAGGCACACUGACACACACACAUGCGCAUCCUCAUCCAUCCCAGGACUUUAUCUGUGGCACGGGGACAGAAGACCUCAGUCCAAGGAGGAGGACAAACAGAGAAACAAGGAGCAGCGCUGAAGAUUAACUUUUAAAGGUGGAUUCACAAGACUGCAUCGCUUCACGAGAGGAUCGGGCAAACGCAGUCAGGAGCAAGACUCAAGAUGACAACUGGAGAAACCUUGACGAGCUUGUUGCAGUAGGAAGGCCUGCUGUCAGCCCAAAAGUGGAGAUUGGCCGCCUGUCACAUCCAGAGGAUCUGCUGCGAGUGCCAUUUCCCUCCCUUCUCACUUCAGGACCCCCACCCUCUUGUCAUCCCUCCACUGGGACAUCCUCCAAUCACCAGCAUGCCUACAGCUUGCACAAGGUGCACCUUGGGAGUCUGACCCACCAUGUGCAGAUGGACGCCGUCCGUAGCUCAUCUCUGUCCUGAACCUGCCCUUGGCACCUCCACUGUCGCAGCCUCCACUGGGCGACCUCUCCCCCUGCCCAGUGCAGCCUCCCUUUGCCUGGCAUGCUUCACCCUGCUCCUGGUCACCGCUGGCACUGCCACAGGAGCCUGUCCUCCUGGGGUAGGGCAUGAACCCCUUCAGGUGCUGGCGAGUGGCAUCAACUGUUCAUGGACGUUGGAAAGGCACACUCGCAGUUACAAUCACCUAGAGGGCGACGUCCGACUGCGGCGGCUUUACUCUGCCAACAAGUUUUUCCUCUGCAUUGACAAAACAGGCAAGGUGGACGGGACUCGGCGGAAAAACUACGCAGACAGCCUGAUGGAAAUCCGAUCUGUCAGUGUGGGAGUUGUUGCCAUCAAAUCUGUCAGCACCGGGCUGUACUUAGCCAUGUCCAAGAAAGGCACGCUCUUUGGAUCGGUGAAGUACAAUCCAAGCUGCAAGUUCAAGGAGCGCAUUGAGGAGAACGGCUACAACACGUAUGCCUCCCUCCGCUGGAAGCACGGCGGCAGGCAGAUGUUUGUUUCCCUGAACGGGCGGGGCAAGCCACGGCGAGGUCACAAGGCUCGACGGAGGCACCCGUCUACUCACUUCCUGCCCAUGCUCCCGUCUUAGCUGCCCAUGUCUGAACUCUGACCGUCAACCGGCUGGCUCACCUGCCUCCUCACGCUAGGGUUGAGCCGUGACGGCGAUCUUUAUUUUUGUUAUUCCAUCCUCCUGUCACAUAAAUGUACAUUUGUUGAGGUUUAUAACAUUUGUAGAGUUAGUAUAAUAUGUACUUUUAAGUUAUUUUCUCCAUUUUCUAAUAAUGUUCAGUAAUACAGUCCAAUACAGUAGAAUUAUACUAUCUCCAGGCAUUUGUCUGAACUGCAUGUAAAGUGUUUGGGUGACUUUGAGAGACUACAAGGCUUGGAGACAUCAAAAUGUGGCUCAGUGGGUAGUUUAUUUAAGCCUAUUUAAGAUGCUAAGUGAAACAGAACAGAAGUAUCUGGUACAGCAAAGUUAUAAUUAUCUAAUCUUUGAUAAAUGGAAGUAUCACUAGUAGAAAUGAAGCAACUUUGAAAUAGCUACAAAUCAGGGCCAUAAUUGCUGGGACACUGCGGUCAUGCCUUCUACAGCUCAACCUUUUGUGGGCUUUGGAUGGAGUCAGAUUCAUUAACUAAAAACUUAAGUAUACCCUAAGUCAAGGGCUGAUUCCAGUUAUUUAGACAACAUGCAAGAUAUGGCCAGAAAUACUAUAAUCAUGUCUCUACUGUGUUGCCAACAUGUCUACUGAAGUUAGCACGCUAACCAGCUAGCCCCCGCCUGUCCUGGCUCAUUACAAGAGGCAACUUCCUUACUUAGUCUAAUUUGUUACCAAAAAUGUGUUUGAUUUAAUUUAAUUUUCAAGUCAAAUAUGUUGCCAUUUGUCAUCGAUUAAACCGAAAAAAAAAAAAAAAAGUAAAAUUAGGUCCCUUGUUGGCCCACCGGAAAGAGCGUGACUUUGGCUCACCAUGGUCGGAGCUGCUGUAAAUCACGUCCGUGCUUUAUCCUCUGUCUUCAAACUGGCAUCCGUCAGUCUUGGAGAUUGUGUCAGUCCCAGUCUGGUGGUGACUCCCUCUUUGAUCUGAGGUUGUGAUGCAGGCAAACUCCUCUUAGCUAAAAUGGCCACUAGCUCCACAGCUAACUGAGCUAAUUAGCUAAAGCCAGCUAGCUUCAACCACAGAUAGCUACAGCAGAAACUAUAUGAGCAGCUAGUAACAUGCUGCACCCCCCAAUGUUUUCGAGCAAACUUUUAAUUCUUGGCAUAUCUUACAAAUGACAUGGUCAAUAUCACUUAUUUAGCCUCACAAAAAAGCAAGUGUGAAUCUAUUUUACCUAAACACAUUUCUCCUGUUUAUCAAUGUAUUAUGUACAAUUUGAAUGAUACAUUUGCUAUAUUUUGUGAGGCUAAAUCUGGGCCGCCAAAAAAAUAAAUAAAAUAGUUCAAAUAUUAAUAUUUUUCCACCAUAAUGGAAUUUAUUUGAAGUACAGUGGUGAGCUCAAUAUAACUGAGGCGUUAACAGAAAAUAACAAAAGAGAUAAAUUGGAGGAAAUUGUACUCGGGACCUCUGUAUUUGUAAAGCCCUGGCUUUGGCCCUGUGAAAAAUACAACCUCUUGAUUCUUACUUGGGAUAUACUGUACUGACACUACUGGAUAAGAGACACUGAUCUGCACCUGAACUGUACAGAUGAGAUGAAGAUCUCUACUGACUCACACACAUCGAUGGAUGACCUGAACUGUGUGUACGUCUCCAUAUAAGAACACAACAGAAACUAAGCUAAACUACUGGGACGACAUGCUGGAUUUCCUGAGAAGACCUUUGUAUGUUUGUGCAUGCCUCUGUCACACUGCUUUCCCCAUCCAGCAACCAACAGCUACUAGAUUAGAAAUCAGUAAACAAAAAAAAAAACAACAUAAAAAUGCAUUGUGUCUCAUCUAGUCUCUGAUUCUUGGUCCUUCGUUCAGUCUUGGAAUGCUAUUAUACGUUUUGAGUCAUUUAAUGCAUUGUAGCAGCCGUAGGUACAGACGUCACUAGCAGAAGAUGCAUUAAUUUUGUACACAGUAGUAAAUGGUUAUUGCAUACUGCCUCUCUGUCAAGUCUUGCUAACAUUUUCUCAAGGCUGUCGCUAAUAGAACAUUUAAUAUAUUUAAAACAUUUUGUACUCUUUAACUGUUUGAAGUUGGUGUUUAUUGUUAUUGUUGACUUUUUGUGUUGGCCUGUAGUCAUACUGUUAAAAAAAAGAAGGGAAAAUAGUAAUCAUGCUCAAGUCCAUAUUCAGCUCAUUUUGUAUGGUAUUACUACUGGAUAUAGGUAUAUUUGUGACCCACUUAUCAUGGGAAAAAAAAAGAAGCUAAUAGUAGUUUGUAUAUAAGGCCAAAGUUUCAGAACAAACAUUCUUUAGUUUCAUUUCAGCAAAGUAAAAUCAUUUGAGUGCCUUGGUCCAUGCUGAGUUUGGUAAACUUCAAUAAAAAAAUGUGGAUAAA